AUGGCAUUCCAUAGUUUUUGCCGAGAUAUGAAGUUGGCUGAGAAGGACAAAAGUGUCGAGAGUGGUAAAGAAGAGAAGAUUCAGGAUGAUGUUCCCAACGUCAAACAACUGCUGGCAAAGAUAAAAGAACAGAGAAAGGCUGCAGAGGACACAUGUGUUAUGACAAAGGAUGAAGAGAAAGUCCAGACCGUUCCUGUUGUUCAAAACAGCAAACGACAAACUGAAAAGAACGUCACUGUCAGAAGUGUUCUGAGAGGAGAAGAGAGCAGCGAGGAUGUGAUUGAGGUUCAAAACGGCGAUCAACUACUUGCCCGACUUAAACAGAGCCUCAAAGAGGAAAAGCCUUUCAAAUCUAGAAGAGGAGACAACUUAAGAGCUCCGUUUCGCCAUACCCAAAAACUUGGAAAGAUUAAAGAAGAUGAAGAAUUCCGCGUCAGACAGGACGAUCGGCGGUAUGGAAUAUUCCAGUCCGAUUCGGAGUGGGGAAACUCUGACUCCGAGUCGGACUGGUCCGAAGGAGGACCAGACGUCUACAUGGAAACUCCGCCCGUUACAUUUAAAUGGGUGGGGGAUAAACAAGAUAAGGACAUAGAGGAAAGAGAGAAGGAGGAUAAGGACACAGAGGGAAGAGAGAAGAAGGAUAUGGAAGUACACGAUGAAAAUGAAGAAACAGAGAAACCAAAACGUGUAGGGAAUGUGGGCAACAGAGCAGAGAAAAAGCUCUGUGGCUAG